AUGAGAACGCUGAUGUGGUGGUGUCGAGGACCUCGACCGCCCGACAGCAACAGUGAUCAGAACCAGCGGCAACCAAUCGGAUCCGAUAACAAAACCUACUAUUAUGCUGCCACAUUAGUUGAGCUUGGUUGUCUCCAAGUCUUGUCACUGAACAUCCUCUGGCUUGUGACGCUGCCCAGUCGAUUCGCUCCUGGAUGCAAAGUCUGGCUUCAAUGCCAUCAAGAGUUCCAGAUCAAGGCCUAG